AUGUCUCAGUCCUCAUAUAUCCCAGAAGUAAUUGAAAAUUCAGUCAUAUACAGUUCAACUGGUAAAGGAGUAGUCAACAAUACAAGUCAAUAUCCAACUGGAGGAACAAUGUUGUUCAGUGGGAAAAGAGUACUCAAUUCAGGUCACUACACACCUGGAGCCUCUAGUUCUAGUCAGAAUUCAGGUGGAUCUGCAAGUUACUUAGGACAAAGUUCAGGUGGUUCUAACACAAGAAAUGUUGUGAACUCAUACUCAGGUAUUAAUGGUGGAAAUAGUGGUUAUAUAGGAGGAAGCAACAACUAUGGUGGAGGUAGUAGCAACUAUGGUGGAGGAAGUAUAAACUAUGUUGGUCCCAACCAUGGUAAUUCUCACAACAGAUUCAAGAAAAAUAAUUUUUACUGUGACUUCUGCCACUUCAAGGGACACACUAGAGAAACCUGCUACAAACUAAUUGGCUACCCUGCUGAUUUCAAGACAAAGAAGAAGUAUCAUAAUAGCCCCUCAGGAAAUGCUGCUUUUUAUUCACAUGAUAAAACUGCAAGUGGAGGAUCAACAACUAACUUUGCAGGGUCUUCUCACAUGCACAAUGGUGCCAACACUAAUUCACACAUGCAGGGCCUGAUGUCUGUGAUUUCCCAAUUUACUCAGGAGUAG